AUGUACGAACGAUUUCAUCGCGAUGGCUCGGACGAGCCUAAUGAGCACACGUCCCUUAUCCCUAAGCCGACAGAUGAUACAUACGAGCAAGACUACGACGGUGAUGUCUCCCGAAAAUUUGUCGCAAGAGAGUAUCUCAGGGAGUUCUGGCGUCUGUUGAAAGACUCCAUACCCGUCAUCCUGGCCUACACUCUUCAAAACAGCCUACAAACCGUAUCAGUCCUCAUCGUCGGACGCUCGUCCGCCGAGAGCCUCGCCACCGCGGCCUUCUCCCUGAUGUUCGCCAUGAUCACUGCCUGGAUGAUUGCCCUCGGAGGAACAACCGCUCUCGACACUCUUGCAUCCUCGUCAUUCACAGGCAGCGCGAACAAGCACGACCUAGGCAUUCUGCUGCAGCGGGGUUUCUUUGUGCUCACCCUCUUCUACAUACCAAUUGCAAUUCUCUGGGCCUGUUCCGAACCGGUUUUCCUGUUUCUCGGCCAGGAUCCACAGCUCUCCAGAGACAGUGCGCGGUUUUUGACCUGCCUGAUCCCCGGUGGGCUGGGGUACAUCUACUUCGAGUUAAUGAAAAAGUAUCUGCAAGCACAGGGUAUCAUGCGUCCCGGCACCUAUGUCCUCCUGAUUACAUCACCGCUCAACGGACUGCUCAACUACCUCUGCUGUUACACCCUCCGGAUGGGUCUAUUGGGCGCCCCCCUCGCCACAGGCCUCUCCUACUGGCUCUCAUUUGCCCUCCUAGUGCUCUACGCCCGGUUCAUCCAAGGCGCGGAAUGCUGGGGCGGCUGGUCGCGCGAAUGCCUCCAGCACGCCGGCCCUUUCGCCCGACUAGCCUUCCUCGGCGUCAUCCACGUCGGGACGGAGUGGUGGGCCUUCGAGAUCGUAGCACUGGCCGCCGGACGAUUAGGAACUAUCCCACUCGCCGCGCAGAGCGUUAUCAUGACCGCCGAUCAAGUGCUCAACACGAUCCCGUUCGGGGUAGGCGUCGCCACGUCGGCGCGCGUGGGUAACCUUCUCGGAGCACGGAAUGCCCGCGGGGCUGCUAGAGCGGCCAAUACGGCGGCCUGGCUGAGCAUGGCCCUGGGCGGGGUGGUUCUGGCCGUGUUGAUGGGGACGCGGGAUCGGUUUGCGCGCAUCUUCAACGACGACGAGCGCGUGGUGCGUCUCACCGCCGACGUGUUGCCGUAUGUCGCGCUGUUCCAGAUCGCGGACGGCUUGAACGGCAGCUGCGGUGGGAGUCUGCGUGGGAUGGGCCGUCAGCAUGUCGGGGCGUUGGUCAAUCUGGUCAGUUACUACGGCGGUGCCCUGCCCCUUGGCAUCUGGUUGGCGUUUCAUGGCUGGGGACUCAAGGGCCUUUGGGUGGGACAAUGCAUCGCGCUGUAUCUGGUGGGGGCGCUGGAGUGGUCGAUUGUGGGAUGGAGCCACUGGGAGAAGGAGGUUGAUCGGGCAUUUUUGCGGAUGGAUGCUUCUGAGCGGGUGGGCGUGUAA